AACAUUUUGGCAGUUGGAAUUUAGUGCGAGAAAUUUGUUAAAUUUCGAUAUAAUUUAAGUAACAUACAAUUGUAAACAAAUAUUUCUUACGUGCAGAUACAUAUAAACAGGAAGUUAACAGUUAAUUAGUUAAUUUAUUGUCAUGUAUCAGAAUCAGGUGGUGCUAACGCGCGAGCGUCGUCGCUUUGGCCGCCAAUGCGUCUUUGAGGAUCGCAAUGAGCUAAUGGUCAGCGUACAUCCGAGCAGCCGUCUGCGCCUCAAAUAUAUUAUGGGCAACCCACAGACACGUUCCAUACAGCUCAGCUCGGUGAUGGCGUUUAGCGAAAUGGAAACGGAGAAUGCGACCUUCGAUGAACGUGGCAUGUUUCACUACGAGGGCGGCUGGCCGAAGGAGGUGAACAUAAACGACGAGGAGCAAACGCAGCGCCAUCGCAAGAAGGUCGAACGUGAUGAUGCGUGGGGCGAUGAGGUCAAGGAGCUAAUAAGGACAACAAUGAACACAGCUCGGCAAAACAAUGCCAUUAAUAUAUAUAAUCAUUUCUUUGACGAUCUGCCACACGAUAUGGGCCGCACCAUUUGCAUGCCGUUCAAGUCCCGCACCAUAAACAUCUUUCACGAUAUGUGGCAGCCGCAGCGUCACAUGUCCGUGAUCAAUUGGAUGCCCAAUAACAAUAGACAGAUCAUGACCCAGUACAGCAAUCUGUUUUUGUUGAAAGGCGAGAAGCGUCGCAUGGUCACGAACGAUGACACCAAUGGCAGCACGAAUGCAUUCUAUGUCUGGGAUGUUAAGAAUCCGAUUAAGCCCUUGUAUUAUUAUGACAACACCGAGGUUGUGUCGUGUGCCAAGAUCUGUCCCAAGGAGGAGAACAAUAUGGCGGCGGGCACAUUUACGGGCAAGGUGUGCAUUUGGGAGACCUUCGAGAGUGGCAUGUCAAUCAGCACGUGCCCCAUGGAGGCGGCGCAUCGCGAGCAAACAUCUUCCUUGACCUGGGUGUACUCGAAGUCGAAUACAGAAUUCUAUUCGGCGUCGUUAGACGGUUCGGUUAAGUUCUGGGAUAUUCGGGAUCUUAAGAUGCCAGCCAAUGAGAUCCUUCUGGAGCCAUAUACGCGCAAUCGUCAAAACCGCCAGAAUGCUCACGGCUGCACCGUAUUGGAAUUCGAGUAUACCAUACCAGUUCGCUUCAUUGCUGGCACCGAUAUGGGCGACGUCUUUGUUGGCAAUCGCAAGGGCUUGAAUCCCGUUGAGAUGCUCGUUGGCAACUUUCACAUUUGCGCCGGGCCAAUUCGCACGAUCCAUCGUAAUCCGUUCUUUGUGAAGAACUUUGUCAUUGUCGGCGAUUGGCGAGCGCGCAUCUGGUGCGAGGAGGUCAAGAAUCGUCCAAGUACCAUGUAUGUGUAUAAGCGUUCGCAGUUAAUGUGUGGCGCCUGGAGCACGGGACGCGCUUCCCUGUUUGUCACUGGGGACAUUGAUGGAGUCGUUGACUUUUGGGAUUUGCUAUUGAAUCAACGCAAGCCCAUCUAUAGCAUCAAUUUCCACUCCACCAUCACGGGCGUUGUCUUUCAGCCGGGUGGACAAUUUUUGGCCAUUUCCCUAGCGAGUGGAGAUACACAUAUCAUGAAUCUGGACGAUGCCAUGAAGAAGACCACCAGCAAGGAGAAGGCACUCAUGGCGGCAAUGUUCGAGCGGGAGAUUACGCGCAGCAAACUGCUGGAGGCGCGUGUGGAUGAGAUAAAGUUGCGUCGUCGCACGCUCCUUAUGGAGGAGGAGGAACGCCAAUCAAAGGUUGCCGCCAUUGAGGAAGUUGCGGUGGUACCCGAUUUGGAGCUGGAUCCCGAUAAUCCCGAUCAGUUCAUCAAGAUGAUCGAGUCCGACGAACAGUUCCGUCUGGCUCUGGCCACCUUCCAUGAGACCCUCGAGAGUGUUGAUCGCAAGCGGGCCGCCGAAAGGAAAGUGAUGGAACGUACCGACUUCGAGCAAUACUAUUUAGACAAUCUGGCCGAGCAAGCCAAACUCGAGGAGGCGCGCAAAAAGCGUCCCGGCUCCAUAACCUCCAAGGAGGCCAGAGAACUGCGCGCGGCCAAGGCUAAGGCCAAGGCAGCCAAGGCAGCUGCCAAGGGCAAGAAAUAAUCAAUGAAAGCAGUUCUCUCUGUUCCCAGUUCAAACGACUCCAAAUAAAUAUCUAUGUAGAUC